GGUGCGAAGUGGCGGUGUAGUGCGAUGCGAGCGACAUAAGGCGCGACCAUGCGGGCAGCCCACCUCGUGCUGACACUCACCAGUGUCAUCUCCUUCACCUGCACACACGCCAAAAUAGGUUACUUCUGGCACAUCACGGAUUUCCACUACGACCCUCUGUACACAUCGAAAGGGGACACAAGAAGACACUGUCGGCGGGCGGACGAGCGCGGCAGCUCGGGCCACCACCGGACAGUGGGCCGGUUCGGAGACUUCGCGUGCGACAGCCCCCUUGAGCUGAUAGAGUCGGCUGCCAAGCACAUGAGGACCCGGCAUGCGGAGAACGUCGAGUUUGUGCUGUGGACUGGAGACAUAACAGUGGCGCGGUCAACGACGGAGCUCGAGCGGUACCAGGCGAUCAGGAACAUGACGGAGCUUCUCAGCCGGACGUUCAGCUCUCACUUCGUGUUCCCGGUGCUGGGCCACCUCGACCCCGCGCCCUCCGAGAACCUCACCAACCUGUGGAUGCAUUGGCUGCCGCUCGAAGCGCUGCAGACGUUUAAGAUUGGUGGCUACUACACCAUAGAGCAGUCCCACAGCAAGCUGCGCAUCGUGGCCCUCAACACCAACCUGUUCUCGGGACGCGACGCGAGCUCGCCCGCCGCCGGCAAGCAGUGGGCCUGGCUCAGCGCCGUGCUGGAGAAGGCACAGGAUAAUAAUGAGAUGGUAUACAUAGUGGGCCACGCGCCACCAGGCCCGGCCGCGCGGCCCGGCCACCGCGCGUACUCGCCUGAAGACAACGCGCGCUACCUGCGCACCGUGCGGCGCUUCGCCCGGGGCAUCGCCGGACAGUUCUUCGGACACCUGCACGAGGACACGUUCCGGGUUGUGUAUGAUAAUGACCAGCCCGUGUCGUGGGCGCUGCUGGCCCCCUCGGUGAGCCCCUACGCCGGGCCCGCCAGCGCCACCAACCCAAGACUCAGACUGUACAAGUUUGACACCAACACUGGGAAGGUGCUAGACUACACCCAGUACUCCCUAGACCUCACAGCGGCGAACCGCGCCGGCACCGCCGAGUGGGUGACCGAGUACAACAUGACGACGCACUACGCGCUGCCCGACAUCUCCCCCGCCUCGCUGCACGCGCUGGCCGACCGCCUGCGGUAUGCGCCGCACGAGACCAUGACGUUUAAUAAGUACCUACGAGCGUUCCACUCGGGCUCGAGCGAGGCGUGCGACGGGGCGUGUGCCCACCAGCACUACUGCGCCAUCACUUGCCUGGAGCACCUGUCCUACCGGCAGUGCGUGGAGGCCGCCGCCAGCGCGCUCGCCGCCGCCGGCGAUUCCGCUCCGCUCGUCGCUCCUCUCAACAACAUAGUGCUAACCCUUAUCGUCCUGCUGGCAAUUUGCUUGGAAAAAUAUUUGCACUGUGUAAUGCAUUAAUGCUGCCGGUACAGUGGUUCUACGGUGGAGUGUCGUGGGACGUUCCCGUGCGGGCGGGAUAAUUGGGAAAGUUUAACCUAAUUUGUGAGUUGUUAGUUUUGUUUUAGUCGUGCUAUUUAUAGUCCAAAAGGAAGGGGCUUGAAACAACUAAUGGCUAAUGGAGAUGAGAAAAUUUAACAACAAUGCAAAGUAGGAUUUGAAAUGAUUUUGUUAGAUUAAAUCUCACAUGGACAAAUAAUAUGACAUUCUUAAAUUUCAAAUAUCCUCUUAGGUACGAGUACUUAUUUAGUUUUUUUUCUGUGGGUUAAACGAACUCUCACUACAGAACUUAUGCGCUGUGCUAAAUGGUGAGUUAAGUUAUUUGUUGUUUUAUAAUUUUAAAAGUGUGAUAGUUAACAAUGCCAGUACCAAAGUUCGUUCUAGUCUAAUAGAAAGUUAAAUGGAUACAGUAUUAUUCGAUGUUAUAUUUACUACUUAUAGUUUUUUGAAAGCUGGUUGGUUGGGAAAAGUAGCAUUUAUUGUUUAACUUAAGGCCUAAUAAGAAAUGCAUAAAUAAUUAUUACUAAUUUUAUUUCCAUGAAUACUUGAUAUCAUCAACAUUGGAAUUUGAGCUAUUCUGUAAUAAAUUGCGGUUCAAUCUAUGACAAAAUUGACAAACAUCAAAAUGGCGAUAAAUUAUGCAGCCCCUAGCUAGCCGGAUCGCGAAUUAUCGAUAGAUACAUUGCAAAUUGACUUAGUUGAUGUGUUUUGGAAAUUUUGGAUGUAUGCAUUUUAUUAAUUUUUUUAUGAAAUUUUAAUGUAGGCUUCUAAGAAAAUCAUCAAUAAUGCUGUUAAUUUCUUACAAAAAUACCUACCUAAAU